AUGGGAAACUCCAACACAGAGCAAGCUGAACAAGCACGCGCAGCAGCUAGCCUUCAAUGGAAAUCAUCUCCGAAACCUAGUGAUCGUGAGAGCUGGAUUCAGCGGGCGAAGGAAGUUGCCAAUAUCCUGAAAAUUGACGCGGUCGAACGCGACGCAGCAUUGAAGUCUCCCUUUGCGGAGUUGCAGCUACUCAAGGAUGCUGGCUUGGUAAACCUCUUGGGGCCUAGGAAGUCUGGAGGAGGAGGGGAAACCUGGCAAACCUCCUACAAAGUGACGACUGAAAUUGCCAAAGCCGAUGGUAGCAUUGCUCAUCUACUGGGCAAUCAUUACUCUUGGUUUUGGAGUAGCCAGAUCCUGGGUACUCCCGAGCAAGCGGAACGAUGGCUGCGCGAGUUCACCGAAGGCAAUUACUAUCUCGGUGGAGCUGUCAACCCACGAAAUGCCGACAUGACUGCAGUAGAAGAUGGCGAGGACCUCGUCUUCAACGGCGACAAAUUCUUCUCCACUGGUGGCGUUAUCAGCGAUGUGACAGUAUUGGAAGGUGUCCUGGAGAACGGCACUCAUGUAUUUGCUUACGUCCAUACCAAGAAUCCGGGUAUCAGCUUCAAGGGUGACUGGGAUGUGAUUGGCCAGCGUUUGACGGAGUCCGGAGGCUGUGUGAUCCGCAAUGUCCGAGUUCCAUGGUCCGAAGCUGCAGGCUUCAGUGAGAAGCAAUUGACACCUCGGGACGCCUACCAUGAUUUUGUCCUGCCCCCAGUUCAGCUACAAUUUGCCGCUGUGCAUUUGGGAGUGGCUCAGGGGGCACUGGAAGCCGCAGCUGAGUACGCCAGAACCAAGACCCGAGCCUGGCCAUAUGGUGGAGAUAACAAAGCAAAGGCGACCGAAGAGUGGUACAUCCUUGAAGGAUUUGGUAGACUCCAGGCGAAGGUCUGGGCUGCCGAGGCUCUUAUUGAUCUACGUGGCGAGGUUGCUGUCCAGGUGGCGGCAUCCAAGGCCCAGAUCAUCGAGACGGCUUUGGAAACUACGUCUAAGAUCUUUGAGUUGAUUGGUGCAAGAUCCAGCCUCAGUAUAUACGGAUUUGACCGUUUCUGGAGAAACACCAGAGUCCAUAGCCUCCACGAUCCUGUCGCCUAUAAGUUUCGGGAAGUGGGUUCCUGGAGCUUACUUGGAGAUGUUCCGGAGCCGAGUUGGUAUACUUGA